CAGAGUCUGACCUCCCCUUCUCGCUCUAAAAACACAUCAUAGUUUUCAUCGACACCCUCUUGUUUUCCAAGUACCCUCUCUCUCUCUCUCUCUCUCUCAAACAAAUUAAUACCUGAUAAGAACGAUAAAAGACCAAGGUCCUUCCAAGUUCCAACUACCCUUUUCUUUCUGAAUAUAAAAUUUACAGUUUUGCCGUUCCUGCUCUCCACAUUGGCGCUUUCUAUUGCACAAAGAUCUUUGUUCUCCUUAGUGAGAUUCCAUUUAUUGAAGAUGGCAACAACUGCUGCUUCCAGCCUGCAAAUGGCAACUGCCAGACCCUGCAUGUCCUCUUCUCGUAGAGCUUUUGUGUCAAGUGCUGCAAUGCUUAAUGGUAAUUUUAAGCUGGCCUCAUGGACUAAGCUUUCGAGUGCAUGCCAUAUAGCAUCUACACAACCUUUCCACCGGAGCUUUACAUCAUCAUCUCUAAAAAUGGAUAAGUUUGUUACAAAGGCGAUGGCUGGAGCUAGUGAAAACAAGCCUGCCUCAGGGUUGCCAAUUGAUUUGAAAGGUAAGAGGGCAUUUAUCGCGGGUGUAGCUGAUGAUAAUGGAUAUGGUUGGGCAAUUGCAAAAUCUCUAGCUGCUGCAGGUGCUGAAAUUCUUGUGGGCACGUGGGUGCCUGCUCUGAACAUCUUUGAGUCCAGCCUGCGACGUGGCAAGUUUGAUGAAUCACGCGUGUUACCAGAUGGUUCUUUAAUGGAGAUUACCAAGAUAUAUCCCCUAGAUGCUGUUUUUGACAACCCUGAGGAUGUUCCUGAGGAUAUAAAAACAAAUAAGCGCUAUGCAGGAUCCAGUAAAUGGACUGUCCAGGAAGCUGCUGAAUCUGUCAAGAGUGAUUUUGGCAGCGUUGACAUUCUUGUGCACUCACUUGCAAAUGGACCAGAGGUAGUUAAACCUCUGCUGGAGACAUCAAGAAAGGGAUAUCUUGCUGCUCUAUCCGCAUCGAGUUAUUCCUAUGUUUCUCUACUCAAGCAUUUCCUCCCAAUAAUUAAUCCAGGUGGUUCAUCAAUUUCUCUUACAUAUAUUGCUUCCGAGAGGAUCAUUCCUGGAUAUGGUGGAGGUAUGAGCUCUGCAAAAGCUGCACUUGAGAGUGACACUCGAGUUCUUGCUUUUGAAGCUGGGAGAAGAAAGGGAAUUAGAGUCAACGCAAUAUCUGCUGGUCCACUGAGAAGCCGUGCUGCAAAAGCAAUAGGAUUUAUUGAUAUGAUGAUUGACUAUUCCUCAGCCAAUGCACCUCUACAAAAAGAACUGUCUGCAGAGGAGGUAGGGAACACAGCUGCGUUCUUGGCAUCACCUUUGGCCUCUGCCAUUACUGGCGGUGUUAUAUAUGUAGACAAUGGUUUGAAUGCAAUGGGUGUGGGAGUUGACAGUCCAAUUUUCGAGAAACUCGAUAUUCCAAAGGCUCAGCACUGAGGAUGAUAGUUAGAGGCAGCAGGCAGGCUGGCUGGCUGAAUGAUAAUCCAAAAGUGAUGAGUUGUACUCUAGACGACUAAAUGCCGUUAGUUUGUGCCCUCCCCCAACCCUCAGAUGUCUUGUCCGGCGGCCCCAUUUUGGCAUGAGAGAAAUUUUACCCUAGGGACUGUAACAGUUUUCAAGAACCUUUAUUUGAAAUGCUUAAAUCAACUUAAAAGAGUUUGUGGUUGACGCUGGAUGGAUGACAAAAAUAACAAGAAAAAUUCCGAAUAAGGAUGGAUGAAACAA